AUGGUUUCGCCUGCCCAUCCGCCAACCGCGAAACGCCGCUCCUUGUUGCCAUAUCACGGCCGCCGAUUGAGGUGUUUGUUACCUCUUCCUCCGCGUGCGGCUCUCCAUUGCCAGCGCUCACUCAGCUUCACUCUCCUUCCUUCAAGGCUGCUGUGGUAUUCACCUCUGAAUUCCCUCAUAUCUUUAUGGGAUACAACUGCCACUCUGCUCACUGGCAGAGAGGCGCAAAAAGCCUGUUCGACAACUUUUGUCCUCAUCGGCCGUUCGAAUAUUUCCUUUGGACUAACUGUGCAAGGAGUGUUCUCGAGGGCCCUUCACUGCGUUAAAAUCGACAUCAAAUUUCAUGAAGGUUGGACUGUCAAACAUGUCAAGGUGCUUCACGCGACAGGGGACCUUAUCGACCUUGGAAAGUACUUGCAGCUAGUUGCGAGCCUCAUGGAAUUGCCAUGUGGGAGAAAUGUCGUCCCAAAAUUAUUUUCGAUGAUCAGGGCCGCGUGCGAACCUUCCGUUCUAAUUGUUCCGUCCCUGAGAGGCAGUAAAUUUCCCUCACUGACCGCGACCAGCUGGCAGCUGGUGAAGUCAACGGCGGGCCCAACUGGGCCAGAAUCUCGUCUGUUUCACUCUGAUACUGAGGAGUUGAAGCACACAGCCAGUAUGACCUCUCAAACACAACCGGCUGCUCCAUUCUCCCGUUUUUCCCGCGUUGGCUUUGGAAUGGGGUUAAAAUCGCGCUCUCGAACCCGGGAUUCCAAUAACGGGGCGGCAGGGGGGGAGGACGAGUGGUAUAUUCCGUAUAACGGCCCUUACGAGGCGCCGCGCGAACCGCCGCCUCGUCGGAAAGCUAGGGAUAGCUGGGGAAAUUUAGUAGGGGGCGAGGAUAAUGAUGCGGUAUUGGUUAAUGCGGAACUGCAUAACCGAUAUGGGGGCUAUGCCAGGGGUCGCGAUGAUGAGCGGAAAAGCCAUACCAGAGAUCGGACGCAUUCCGUGGUCUUAGGGGGCACACCAUCUUCUGGAGAGCCCAGUCGGACCAGCAUUGGUAUGCGACGCCGCUCAACCGUUUCUGGGAAUCGACCGACCGUUCCCUCGUAUGUCAAUCUGGGCAAUUCAGGUGGUGUUGGGGAAUCGCCGACGCCACACUUGCGCACUACAAAGGAGGCGAACCGCUUGAGCUUUGCGAGUAUUUUCAGUUUUGGUUCCGGUCGAAAAUCACCCACAUCUUCGCCACUGGUCCGGGAUCGCAGCCUUCAUAAGACCCCUUCGAAAAAGGUUCCCCGAUUAAUGGGGCCAAAUACCAGUUCUGGCGGACAAGAAGAUCUCAGUGGUCCUUCUCGAUCACCCGCUCUGCGACGUAGCUCCUCGACGAACGACUUCAAUAGCAAGUCGCCAUUGUUCGAGCGACAACGUAGCGAUCCACCCAAGAGCAGCCCCGAGGUUUCCACGCCAGAUGACGAAGACUAUUACAACUCCUACUACUCGACAUUGAUUCAAUCGCCGCAGCAAGAGGCUAGUCGCCAAAAACAACACAGCCGUGAUACCUCCCUCGCCGAGCCUUUUCAACAACGCUCUCGUCUUGACAGCCCAGUUUCACGGCAGUCGUCCACAUCGCCCACGUACUCACAUCCAUACGCCUAUGCGUUUCCUACAUCAGAUAUACCAGGUGGCCCGCAGACCGCACCCUUGAUACCCACGCCCACUUCGCCCCGGGAACUUGGACCCAACAACUUCCAGCAGCAGCGAGCUGAUCCACCUCGAUUGACUUUCACCAAUCCCCAUAUCGGCAAUGGCAAUGCUGACACUCAUUACCCUUCCACUCUCCACCUGACUGGUGUUGGUUUGAAGCAGCUGAAAAACUCGGCGUCAACGCCCAACCUCCGCAGUCCCAGUCCCAAGAUGUCUCCCACCCGGCAAAACCCUCCGGAUAAUUCCCUGCCGCCCACAUUUAUUCUGCCGAAGGGAAAAGAUCGCUGGUUGUCUGCUGAGACGUGGUGUGACGCUCUUCUUUUUCCGCGUCCGAGAUUGAAGGUGAAGCAGGAUGAGAACGGUUACGUGGGGAGUGGGAGGAUCGUCAGCCCUCCGGGGACACCGCUGGUAGAUGAGUUUGGCAUGAACCAUCCUCAAGAACAGGGCGUACUUUCUAGAGUCUUGGCACAUUCAAGGUCGCUUGUUGAUCUGAACAUACGUGCUUCGCCUUCCAAAAGCUUAACAAGGGAAAGGGUUGCCUCGACUUCCAGAGCACUGGAUAAUGCUCCCGUAGCAUUCGAUUUGAGACCUCCAAGACCAACUAGUUUCGCACAGGACGACUUAGCGCUACUGAGUCCACCUUCAUCCUUGUCAAAGGUCCUCGCGGAGGCUACGAAGUCCUUCGAAAACAAGCGUUCACGCAGUAUCUCCAGAACUCGGUCAAAAUCUUUGACGCAAAAGGGCCGAAGGGAGGCUCAGCCAUCACAAACUGGUCUAGAUUUUCUCGCGGCCCGAGCAUAUCUAGGAAACCAGAGCGCGGUUCCUGUCGUUGUAGCUCCGAAAAGUCACCGGAAGAACUCAAGUUACUCUGCGACCGGCACCACAACCACAUCUUCCAGCCGCCCUUCACAUUCUCAUACCGGCUCGCUCGUGAAAACUUUGUCCAAAUCAUCAAAAUCACAUUCGAGAGGCCACUCUCGCACAGGUGAAGAUGCGGCCGCCCCAUGUGCAGUGGAUGAAAAAGCGACUGGGCUAGAGGGUGCUCUGAGAAGAGAGGGGACGAAGUUUAUUCAGUUGGCAGACCCUGCGAAGCUUCCCGUCGAUAAGGACAAAGCUAUGCUUCGUUACUCACUGUCGCCCAUUCCCAGAGUCUCUCCCACCCCUUCGGGCAUAGCUGACACGAGGGUGGGCAUUGCGUUGUCGACACCACCCCCUAUGAAUGAAGAAUCUUUGGAUCACGAUUCCAUUCGACUACCAGCACAUCCUUAUGCCCAAGGUGGCUUGUACUCUUUCAGCGAUAAACCCAUCACUCCUGUCAACGACAUCCCUCGUGUCCGUGGCUCAGAUUACGCUGGCCCACAUCCAUCAAGGACCAUCUCUCCUAGACCUGAGGCCUCCAACUUGUCAUCUAGGCAUAAACUUCCUCCUCAUCUUGGCUUACAUCCGUACGCACAAACGUCAGCAAGAGACGACGAUGCAGAACAAGGCCUCGUUCCCCAGGCCCGAUCAGACAGUAACAUUCCACCCCAGUCAAAAAUGUGGGCCCAGCUUUCUCCUGGUGUCGUUCGCGAGAUCUUGCCAGGGGAUAUCCAGUACUCCCCAUUCUCACCUGACAGAAGUGAUCGUCUACGAAGUCCUGCAGAGAUCCACGAUAUCAUUGGAGUCGGAGAAGCUCUUGCAUACACUGGCUCUAGGGCAAGAUCGGGAAGUAAUGCUGAGAUCGUGGAUGAACGCUCAAGUACCCCGUCAUCGGGUAAGCUGUCACAACAAGGGCAGAGGUCGAUUGCGAGCGGAAUGCAAAGGCUUCAAGACGAUCUCCCUGAGUUUGGUCCGCGUGCACGUCGUGAAGCUGUUCUGUACGACGCACGGCGACCAGUGUACGCCCAAAAUCUGUCAGAUUCAACUCCAUCGUCGCUCGAGGAACAGCCGUCUCAACAGUUGACCAUUCCUGUUGCUCCUCAAGCCUCAACGCCCUCGCCUGCCGCUACAUCGGAGUCAUCGCCUCAUUUGUCGCCUAGACCCCUUGGAAGCCCAAAUGACCUUGAAAACUUCCAUGACCUCUUCUACAAACCCAGUCCAGCGAGACGGCCCUCAAGUGAGCUGAAGCCCUCUGUAUCGCCACCACCCCAAGUCUCUCCUGCUCCUUGGGAGGUUCACACACGAAAUCGCCGCACAGGCAGCGGUCUAACGAGUCUUGCGCGUCAGUUGAGUGAAGAGUUCGAGCAGAUGGCAUUGGAGCGCGAAAGAACGAGCAGCCAAUAUUCUUACUCUGCUUCGUCCGUGCUUGCCAAUAACAACGUGACACAGAGACCAGCUGAUGGAAGCCUUCGGUUUGUCUUUGAAGGGAGUCCUCAUCCUGAAUCCCCAAUUAGUAUCGCUGAAGAGUUUUCUCCGGCUCAUCAUCCCACUUUGGCUUUCAAGCCUUCUGGAGCUCUUCCUGAGGACGUGGAAUCAUCUAGAGCAUCAUCGGUUAUCCCGCAGGGUGAGGAGGAGGAUGAUGAUGACACUGCAAUGUUUCGUGUUGGUAUGGUGGAGUCGGUUUCAACCCCCCUUGCAACAGACCACCGUCUCUCGUUCAUGGGCCAGACGGCGGAUGUCCUCGAGCCAUACCACCACAGCGACGCUAAUACCUCGGUACCCCAUGCGCGUGUGCUAUCCGGUCUCCAACUCCCCGUUACUGAAGGCACCAGAAGCAGUUACAUGACAACUUCUACCUUCUCACGAAUGUCUGGUUUAUCAGAUUUCCCUAUUCCUCCCAGAGAUCCCCAUACCCCGCGACACAUGUCCCUCCUUACUUCAUAUUUUGAUGAGGCGAUGGCGCAGAAUGAGAUUCAGUUUCUACAGGACUCACCAAUGCCUCAUGGCCGAAGACUAACAUUUGGCGUGGACCAAGACGCCGAAGACGUGGCAGAAGCUCUCUCCUCUGAUUCACAUGCACAUCCAUGAUUCCUCUUAUUGCACAUAUACUUUCUUUUUUUACCUUACUGUACUGUUUCAUAUUCGCUAUUUAGACUAAAUACCAGGGUUAUUACUGUAGACGUUUAUUUUGCUCAUGACGGACGGCCCCUUGUUAUAAUUGACACCUUGUACGGCUUUUCUAACCAGUCCCAUUCUGCAUUAUAUAAAAAGGGUGAUAU